AUGGUGGCCCAUCAGGAAUCUUCUGCCGUCGCCGCUGCGGCCUUCGUCGCCAGCUCUUUGCGAAACGGUGCAUCCGCGAAUGGCGUGCUGACGAAAAGUCGCGAAAGUGACGGACCCGUCGCGAAUGGGGUUACCAUCGCCAACGCCGUCGCGAACGUGGAGAACGCGUUCAACGAGCUGAAGAAGACCAUCGUGAACGUCGCAGCGGACAGCAUCGUGAACGUCGCAGAGAAGGCGAAGGAAGCAGAGAAAGUGGAUAAGGUUAAGGCGAAUGAAACGGCGACAAUGGAGGAGGAGGAGGAGGAGGACGAGGAUUACGAGGAGGAGGAAGAGGAGUACGAGUAUCCGGUGGUGGCGGAUGAACCUGAUUCCAUUGACGCUCGCGAUGCCAACACGCCUGACAAGUACGUCCUUUGCGCUUCCCCUCCUCGCUUUCCCCCUUUUCAAGCAUCCACUUCAAACAUGGGCCGGCAGGUAGUGACGAUGAAGGGGUAUGCCUAUUCGGGCGGCGGCAGGCGGGUGACACGUGUCGAGAUCACAUUGGACGGAGGGAGCACGUGGCGGCUGUGCGAUAUCACCCACCCCAGCCCUCCCACUCGCCACGGCAAGCACUGGACGUGGAGCCUGUGGGCAACCGAGGUCCCACUGGUCGACAUGGUGGGGGUGAAGGAGGUGGCAGUGCGGGCGUGGGACGAGGCCACCAACACGCAGCCGGACAAGCUGACGUGGAACGUCAUGGGCAUGAUGAACAACUGCUGGUUCCGAGUGCGAGUGGCCCCCACAGUGACCCCAGCAGGCUCCAUCGCCCUGCAGUUCAUUCACCCUACCCGCCCCGGCAACCUCCCUGGCGGCUGGAUGUAUGACACUCCGGGGGAAGGGGCAGUGGAGGGCAAGCACCUAGAGUCACUCUCGGUUGGUGAUACUAUUGAGAUUAAGGGGCCGUUGGGGCAUAUUGAGUAUCUCGGGAGAGGAAAUUUCCUGGUAAGUGGGGAGGAGAAGCGGGGGAAGAAGCUGGCUAUGCUGGCGGGAGGCACUGGAAUCACCCCCAUUUAUCAGGUGGCAAAAGCGAUUUUGGCCGACCUGGAGGAUAAGACGGAGAUGUGGGUGCUGUUUGGGAACAGGAGUGUAGCGGACGUACUGCUACAAGACGAAAUGGACCGGUGGGUUGAACAGUACCCGGGAAGGUUCCAUGUGUGGUACACUGUGUGCGAGCCUGUGCCUGAGGGGUGGAAGUAUGGGGUCGGGUUUGUCACUGCUACGAUGGCCAAUGAGAGACUGCCACGUGCUGGGGAGGACAGCCUGGCGCUCAUGUGUGGCCCCCCACCAAUGAUUAGGGCGAUGACUCCUCUGCUCGAGGGGAUGGGUUACACAAGUGAUUGCAUGUUGACGUUCUGA